UGAGUCCUACGAAGACUAAAAGACUUUCUAAAGAUUCUCUUAUAUUAAUUCAUAUCCUUAAUUUCGACACAGAGAGAUUUUAAUAUCUUUAAAUAUUAUACUUUCUCAAUUUUAGAGAGAAAGAGGGAUGGCGAUUGGAAUAAUGGAGGUGAAGCUGAUGGGUGCUAAAGGUCUCAAACGCUCAGAUUUCCUAGGUAGAAUAGAUCCAUACGUUUUGCUUCAAUACAGAAAUCAAGAGUACAAGAGCAGAAUUGCAAAAGGGCAAGGUCGCAAUCCAAUAUGGAAUGAGAAGUUUAAGUAUAUAGUCGAUUAUCCAGUUGAUGAUGAUCAGUACAAACUCGUGCUCAAGAUCAUGGAUCACGACAUGUACAAUCCAGAUGACUAUCUCGGCGAGGCAAAGAUCUAUGUGAAAGAACUUAUAGAAUUAGGAGUGGAGAAAGGAAAGGCUAAACUUCAUCCUCAGAAACACAGAGUUGUAUAUACCAACCUAACUUAUCGCGGAGAGAUUCAAGUUGGAAUUACUUUUACUGUAAAGAAAGAAACCGUUGAAGAAGGCAUUUUUCGAAAAUCUUCACGAAGAUAUUUGGAUGAUGAAGAACGAACCACCAAAAGAAUCAGACUUUGGUAGCAAGAACAAUAAGGAAGAAGAAAAAUACAUACUGACUUGAUUCGAGAAUUUAACGUUGUUGUACAAGCAUUCUUUGCUCCCUCUCAUUGAAUCUGAAAUGCUUUAGGGACUCUAAACAAAUAAUUUUAGCUGAUUAUUCAACCUUUAAUCUGGGUUACAAAAAGUACGAGGAUAUCCCGAGAAAGAACAAGCAAUGGAACAUUUUAAAAAUGUGAAUUUAGGUUAUUGAAAUUUGUAUACUUUGAUUGGAAGAUUUAGGGUAUUAAUGAUAUGUUCUUGUAUCAAUUUCAACUCAUAUACAAGAAGAUUUCUAUUAUGAAGAAAUUUCAAUUUCUUACUUGGAUAGAAAAGUUUGGAAGUUGAGAACCAAAGAGGUUUUGUUA